AUGCCGCUGCAACCGACGCCACCACCCCAGACGCCGCCUCCAGCUGACCAGUGGAUUGCUGGUGCGAUGCCAGGCAGCAUCGUUAUCAAGACAACGCACUUCAAGACUGCUGAUGCAACGCCAUUGCAUGUCGCGGCUGAGAUGCCACCCCACAUGCCACCCCUUACGUCUCCGCCACCGCCACCGCCUGCCGAGAACGCUUCUGGUGCGGUGCCGCGUCUCACCUGGGCAACAUCGCCGCAUUUUCCAGAUAGCCAGCAGGCCGCCGAAGCAGUUCCUUACUAUGCCAUGAACAUCACACCGCCACCGACAUUGCUGCACCCAACCACUGAGAGAGCGACUGGCGCAGCCGCGCGUCUGAAAACAGCCACAUCGCGACCCAGUCCGGCAGACCACCAGGUUGCCGACACCAUGCCACUACCACCACGCACACCUUUGUGGGCGUGCAACCUAUGCACGUCACACGCGCCGCUGAAGGCACUACGCAACCGCCCACCACUGAGGGUACGCCACUGCCGCCCGCCACACUUGCUGCUGAAAGCACCACGCCUUCUCCGCCCGCCACGCGUGCCACCUUGGGCGUGCCGUCGCCUGCCGCUGAAGUCGCUGCGGCGCGGACACCACCGCCCACCUCGGCCGCCCCCAUGGCAAUCAGGUACAGUCCACACGGACACCACGACGUCGCCAGACACACCAGCGUGUUUCGUGGGCUCGUGGGAGAGGGGAGAGACGCAGGCGCUCGGGCGCGCCAGGCGGAGGAGAGGAGUAGUCGUCAGCUGGAUGCGAGAGACAGUGGUCACGGAAGCGGGUCGCUCCGCGCUAGUGGAAAGUCAGUCGUGA